AUGUUGAGGUCAUCAUACCUUUCCUUUCAAGGUGCUUCGAGCCGUCUUUUAAAUUCCAUUGCAGCCUCACCAUGGAGACCUUUUAUUCCAAGAAGGUAUGGACACGAACUUGCACCUCAAUAUAAGCAUCUCAAGAAAAAGCAAAAGGGCAGAGUUCCUGUAAGAACUGGAUGUUCAGAGAAGGGGACAACCCUGAAAUUCGGCUCCUAUGGAAUGAGAUUAAAAUCUGAGGGGACAAGGAUAACGGCCGCACAAUUGAGGGCUGCCGAUAACGUACUGAUGAAAUUUGUGAAGAAGGAAAACGGAAUGUAUUGGAAGCGUUUGUGUACAAACAUUGCUGUCUGUAUCAAGGGAAACGCAACUCGUAUGGGAAAGGGAAAAGGUGCUUUUGAUCAUUGGGCUGCAAGAGUUCCUACGGGAAAGGUGGUUUUUGAGAUCAGCGGUAUGCACGAACAAAGUGCAAAGGAUGCUCUUAGAAGAAGUUGUGAGAAGCUUCCAGGUGUCUGGGAGUUCAUCACUAGGUCCGCCACACCCCGCUUGGGCUUAAGAUUAGUUGGGGAACUUGCCACAAAAACGAACUAUUAUGAGAAGCUCAGACAUAAUCCUACGAAAAAGUUCGCAAACGUGAUGAAAUCAAAAGAGCAUAUGUAUCAACGAUACAACGGGAGAAGCCGCUAG